AUGCUGGCGCCGCAAUUCGAUACCAUUCCUGCCGCGAGGAAGACGUCACUGUCCGACGUAGCUAUGACUGAUAUCAAAAGAUAUCGUCAAGUAAUUGAAUCUCAGUCUCUCAAAGCAGCCCGGCAGAAGAUUGUAACAUUGUUUCAGAGACCAGAACAACUAGAAAAAGUCAAUGAACACCGGCGAAACUUUGCUCGCGAAAAGGCGGCCGUAGAUGCCAGGUCAAAGUCCCUUGCCCAGUCUCAUGCAGAAAAUCUGAAGCAGGCGCUGAAAACGCUUGAAUUCACUCGCAGCACCAUGUCGCAAAUCAGUGUCGAUUUCGAAAAGAUUCAGGAGAGAUGCUCUAAAAGCGCAGAUUCAAUCACAGAUUACGAUCGUAUAAAAGACAUCAAUCGCAACCGUAAUCACCUAUUCCACACGCGUAGUUAUCUGGAUAAUAUAUUCACGGCCUUGGACAUUGCCAGAACACUUGACGAAGAGCUAGAAAGUGAGGACUGCAACCUUCUGGCUGUUCACUCUCGAUUGUCAGAUUUGGAAAACUGUCGUGAUGAGUUGAUCUACUAUGUACAAAACGACGAUGAGAAUCGAAAUGCUCUCGAAGCCUACUUCGGAGAAGUGAAUGAGAUUGCUCUCAAAUUGGAAGACAUUAUCUGGGAUGUUCUUACAAACCUUAUUGCAAAUUUGCAAGCCAGACCACACAAGGUUGUAUCCGUUCUACGCAUAGUCGAGCGCGAAGAGAUGAUCGACCGUGAUGUAAAAGAAGGAAACAGGAAGAUGGACACAUCAUACAGACCAAAAAAGUAUCGAAUGAAGGCUUUAGAGGCCAUAACGAAUUCAAUAGAGAAGAGAUAUAGAGAAUUGACGGUUGAGGGCAAUGUUGCACAGACUGUGGGAAAUUUCCGAUUUAUUUUCCAGGACUUACAGAUUAUGAAGGACAAAGGGACGAAGUGCUUUCCACCAACGUACGACAUCUUCACCUUCUACUUAGAGUUCUACCACAGCAAGGCGGUAGCGGAGAUGAAAGCGCUCUCAAUCCGCGAUGACUUGGUUCCCGGUGACAUUUGGUUGUUGUUGAGUUAUUCAGAUCAAUACCAUGACCUGAUGUACUCAAAAGUCGGAAUUCCUCGAGAUAGGCUUGCGCCGCCUAUGCUACAAGGGGCAGGGGACAACCUCAUGGACGAUUAUGUGGACAAGCUCAGCAAUAAUAUGCAGACUUGGUGUAAGAAUAUAAUCAUCACAGAAUGGGAUGAGUGGUUCGGGGGCAGCCGAGAAGAUCCGCCAGAUGAAGACGCUGCCGGCCUUUACAUCUCACAGGUUCCUGUGAUUCUAUUCCAAAUGGUGGAUCAGCAGUACAAUGUUGCCGAACAAGCUAACAGUGUACCCCUGAGAAAGAAGGUGUUGAGGCGGUGCUCCACCAUUCUACUAGAUUUUCAACAGCAAUACGAACAUGCAAUCAACAAUCAAGGACGUCUAUACUUUCAAGGCGAGGGUAACAACGACUACUUCUUGGAGUAUAUGAUGAUCAUCGUAAACAAUUGCAGCAAGUGCGAACUGUACACCCACGAAUUGGCAACGGCCGUCAAAAAUAAAGUGGGAAGUGGUACAGAAAACAGUCAGAUUACUGCAUUGCAGAACGUAUUGCACGGUUUCAUGCAUAUAGCAGCUAAAGCGUAUCGAUUGCUUAUCGAGGUGGCCUUUGGAGAUCUGUCUCCUUAUUUCAAAAAACUCUUCACGAAGGAGUGGUAUAGUCGACAAUCAGACAGCGGACAGGCGUUUGCCACGAUCUUAGUAACGCUCGACGAUUAUUGCAACGAUUUCAAAGAACACACGACCAAGAAAUACUUUGAGUGUAUGAUAAACGAGAUGCACACACGCUUCUUGGUGAGCUACGCUACCCAGAUGUUCACGCGUGCCACGACAGUGCUAAAUCAGGAGACCGUGGAUAUUAUGCGAGAGGAAAUGGACAAAUCUUUCGAGUUUUUCGAAAACCUGGGAGCAGACAAAGUCGAUGCCAAACAAGUUGUCAUCAUAUCGCUGGCCGAACUAUCGUCAUGUUCGGAGGAAUUCAUGGCGCUGCACUAUGUCGAUUUGGUGAAGAACAAUCCUGAUUUUAGCAUAAGGCAUCUGGAGCAGUUGCUAACAUUCCGUUCAGAUAUCUCUAGAUCGUCUCGGGCUGAGAUUGUAAAAAACCUUGGCGAUACCCCAGUCCGAAAUCAAACAACAAAGCCAGUUAUUCCGAAUUUCUUCGGCAAUAUUCGUCUACCACCGAGAUAAAAUGAAUGUUAGUACACUAAUGAGACUUGAAUUUUAGAAAUUUA